GUUGGGUACCUGGGAUGCAAUCGAGGACGUCGAUGAAGAUCCAGAUGGGCCACUUGCCAAUUUGCAGUCGCAACUCAUGCCGCCUGAUGAAGUUUGCAUUUUGCGGAAUCCGAAAUCUUUGUUCAGCCAGGAUGCAAAAGAUGUUUGCUGGGUCAGUGUUUCCUGCCUUCGCCAGUCAUUAGUGGUGAGAGUUUGGUGGAACCGCGAGAACAAGGCGGGCAGUGAUUCAGAGGGAUCACAGUCUGGCUCUGAUCGCCAGGGCAAACGCAAGUCUACAGCGCCUGCCGCUACCGAUAGUAGCAAGAAGCCCAAGCAAGCUAAAUCGCCCAAGAUGCCUGAUGAACGGCAUCCAAGCCUGUGCUACAUCCUUGUGUGCGAUGAGCGGAAGAAUGGUAAAAGCAAAUAUUGCAAGGAGCACAAGAAGGUAACGGAUGCUAUCCUCUAUCAAGCAGAGCGGCAGAACCGAAAGGCAGAGGUGGAGAAGGUUUUGUCCGAGCAAGUUCAGUGUACAAAAGCUGUGCAAGACUUUCAGAAGGAAAACCCUCCUGGAAGGUUUCGAAAGAAACUGAUAGACUUUGGCCAAUGGUUCAAAACCUAUAGUGUCGAGACAGCCAUCACUGGAAGGGAGGCGGUGGAGCUGUACAGCUUCUCAGAUUUCAGCGACGACAAGACGAAGUCUGGCUGGGACCUCAAGGCAAUCUUGAAGAAGUGGCAGGAAUAUGAACAAGAUCCUGGCGUUGAACAUGAAGGGGAUUCGCUUUGGUUGCCCUUGCGCAAGCAGAAGUUCAGGGAUGAGACAAAGAAGAUAUCCAACGCCUACCAGGAAGCAAGCAAAGCCAUCAAAGAUCCCAAGCCUGAGGACGCAAAGAACUUGAGGCAGUUUUGCCACAAUGCUGCUGCGUCAUUUGCAGACCCUUUCCUCUGUGGGUCCAAGGAUAGCAAGGAUCGCUCCUCCUCUUCAAAUGCGCCAGGCGCUGGGCCUGCUCAAGAGGAGGAGGAGGAACUGGCGCCGGAUGACAAGACCAAGAACAAGAAGAAGAGGAAGACGGUAGACAUUGCCAACGCAGUUGCCACCAACCAUGAGAAGGACAGCAGCAAAGUUCAGAAGGCGCGUGAGCUUCUGGUUGCAGCCAUAGCCGCAGCCAAGGAGGCAUGCAGGAGAGCUCAUGAGCUCUCGAAACUCAAUCCCUUGAAUGAGAGCGGCAAGCUGUUCUUGAAGACAUGCGAGAAUCGACUGGCUUGUGCGCAGCUUUGGGCAGUGGAGUCAGAGGACGACCUGAACAACUGGCUGAAGCUGAAUGACAACUCAGCAGCAGCUAAACGUUCCGCCGCUACUUCGCCAGACAAUCCGCCGCUGCCAGCUGAGAUGGCGGAGAAGGUGUCCUUGUUGCUGAGGGUUGAAGCAGAGUCGGCAGGGCAAGCUUUCUUGCCAGUGCAGGAUAUGUCCAGUCUGUGUUCAGACCUUGAGCUGGCGAAGAAAGUUCAGCAGAUCCUGCAGCUUCAGGAUGCAGAUUCGAUUGAAAACCACAAGACUGAGUUCAAGAAAGUCAUCGCUUCAUGCAGUCAGCUGAAGGAGAGCGUGAGCAAAGGUGCUUCAAAGCUCAACGGACACAUGGACAACCUGAAACGAGAAGAAGCCCGCCAAGCAAAGAAAACUCAAAGCAAGGCCGAGAAGGAUGCCGUCGCCAUGGCCAAACGUAUGGCCAAAAAGGCGGCUGAGGACGCCAAGAUGGAAGAGGUCCAGACCCCCAAGUUGUUCGACAUCGAAGAUGCGAUGCUGUCAAAGUUUCCCAUGCAGGUGGUUCAGGAUGAGGAUGUUGCCAAAGAUGGUUUUGCCUUCGAUGCAGACAAGCCUGCUCACUUGAAGCUUGCCUUCGUUCAGAAAGAGUGGCUGGAUCUUGCUAAGGUCCAAAUGGCUCUUUCUGCGUAUGGAGGGCAGUGCAAGACGCAAACGACCACGAAGGAGUCCGGCAAAGGACAGAUUCCCAUUCAGAAGAAGAAUGGGAGAGAGGAGUCCCUCGCCAUCAUGCAAAAGAUCAUGAAAUCCUGCAAGAUGGAUGGCAACCAGUUCCCCUUUGACGGGUCAGAGGAGCAGAUGUUGAAAGAGAUCUGGUUGUAUGGGUACAUGCCUUCAAGAAAUUUCGUCAGCCCCACUCCGCAAGGCAUGAACAUGUUCAAGUUCCUGGCCACGGGAUGUCCAGCUGUGGGCCUUCAAGCUUACUGA